CGCAAAUGGAGAGAUCGACAUCCGAGCCAUCGGCCACUCAAGUACAGACGGAGACUGUUUUGAAAACGGAUGAAACAGAUUCAGCGGCCCAGCGUUAUCAGCGUUAAAGUGUCCUCGAUGUGUCCAUGUGAGCAGUACGUUCGGUGUAAUUAAUCAAUGAAUACGUGCACAUUAUUGUAGCGGUGAAAGAAUAAUAUAAAAGAUUGUUUGCCAUUACAUAUUGGUUACGACGAUGCUCGCACUUGUGCCGAAAUGGUCAAAAUUAAGAUUCUUAUCGAACAUCAAGAAUCAAAGAUUUUCAUGCACGAGCACCAAAAACGACAAUUCGCCUUUGGCUGGAAUUCGCGUUUUGGAUCUGACGCGAAUAAUCGCGGGUCCCUAUUGCACGAUGAUCCUCGGUGACCUAGGAGCGGAGAUUCUGAAAGUCGAAAAACCAGGUACCGGGGACGAAGCACGAACAUGGGGUCCACCAUUCAUUGAAGGGAUCCAGGAUGCUACUUAUUUCCUCUCUAUUAAUAGAAACAAAAAGAGUAUAUGCAUCGAUUUGAAACAAGGGAAAGACAUCAUUUACGAGCUGGCAAAAAAAUCUGACGUACUGAUAGAAAAUUAUGUACCUGGGAAAUUGAAAAAGUUAGGCUUGGGAUAUGAAGAUGUCUCGAAAGUGGCACCACAUCUUGUGUACUGUUCGAUGACCGGUUAUGGAUACGAUGGACCCUAUUCCAGCAGGCCUGGAUACGACGUGAUCGCUGCUUCUAUUGGAGGGUUGAUGCAUAUGACCGGUCCGAAGGACGGAGCACCGUGCAAGGUAGGAGUAGCGAUGACCGACGUAACAACGGGAUUAUACGCGCACGGUGCUAUACUAGCGGCGUUGUAUCAGAGAACGACGACUAACAAAGGCCAGUGGAUUCAGUGUAAUUUACUUUCGACUCAACUUGCCAGUUUAAUCAACAUUGGAUCAAAUUAUCUGAACGUUGGCAAAGAAGCAACGAGAUGGGGCUCGGAACACGAAAGCAUCGUACCCUACGAAGCUUUUCCUACAAAAGAUGGGUAUAUGACCGUCGGAACUGGGAGCGAUCUACAGUUCCUGGAUUUGCUUAAAAGAAUGCGACUGACUGAAUUGUCUGAGAUCGAUAAAUACAAAAAUAAUAAAUCGAGGGUAGCAAACAGAGAAGAGUUGUUGGCCAUUCUCAGAAAAGAGUUCAAAAUGAAGACGAAUAAAGAAUGGGAGGUUGUCUUCGAAGGUGCUUCGUUCCCGUAUGGUCCCAUAAAUACGUUGAAACAGGUUUUCGAAGAUCCUCAUGUAAAACACACGAGAAUGGUCAAAGAGCUGGAGCAUUCAUCAGGAAAAACAGUGAAAGUCGUGGGACCUGCUGUAACGUACAGUUACGCUGUGAAUAAAGUUCGAUCUGCACCUCCUACAAUGGGGCAGCAUACCGACGAAAUAUUAAAAAAUAUCUUGAACUACACCGAUAAGGAAAUACAGACAUUAAAGAAAUGCAAAAUUGUGCAAUGAACGAUAUUUAUAAAAUAAAUCGUAUUUUUUAACUCGCAAA